AUGUCGAAACUUAAAAGAGGAUUAACCAAAGAUUUUGAGAAGGAACAGGAAGAUCAGGCAUUGGCAAAGGAAGAAUUAUUUUAACCCGUUGUCUAAAUUUAUCAAGAUUACCAAUAUUUAUCUGAGGAAUAAAUCGACAUUAUCGCCAAAAUACUUCAGGUUAUUGAUUUUUUUAAGGAGAAUUGUCCUGACACUCAAACCUUAAUGGAGUUUACAAAAUUAUGCUGCCAAAACCUCAUUUACGAAUUCAUCCCAAAAGAUUCCCCUGUGUUUCACAUUGAUGAUGUUGGUGACAAAUUCUAUAUUGUUCUGAGUGGCAGGGCAGGAAUCUAUAUUAGAAGACAACCAGCAUCGAUUGAAGCCGAUGAAGCAGCUGCUUAACCAAGAAUAUUAAAGAUGCUCGAAAAGCUGCAUUUGGAAUCUGUCUCUCAAUUGUAAGGAGACGAUUUAAUGAAAUUCUAUGGUUAAGUAAUUAAAAAGUAGGCCAAACCACAAAAAGUCAUCGAUUCUGAACUAAUAUUAUUUCGAUCGGGAAACUUUGAAAAAUAUUUCACCAACCAAGGAAUCUGCAAAUUUAUGUUGGUGGCCUAAAAGCAAUCAGGAACAAUCUUCGGAGAAAUGGCAUUAACUAACGAUAAGCCCAGAACUGCCAGUAUAUUUGGCUUAACUGAUCUAAAAUUGCUAUCCUUAUCCAAGGCUAAUUUCAAGUAAGUUGGAGAAAAGGGAAUGAAAGCACUCCAAUAGAAAAUAGACUACUUUUUAAAAAUGUUUCCUCACAUGACGAAACAUAAAAUGUCCAAACUCAUUUUGUAUUUUACAUCUGCCAAAUUUCCAGCUAACUUUUUCAUUUGGAAAUAAGGAGAUGAAACAGAUGGAUUCCUACUCUUGAAAGAUGGAGAAAUGUAACUAUUGCAAAAUGUUGAAUAUCCAAAACCACCCACUCAGAACAACGUAGAUUUUACAUUGAUGUCUAUAUUCCAAAGUUCUAAACCAGAAAUCAAGGAUAUCAAGGAAACCAUCAUCUUGGCCAAUCUGACAGGAGGCUGCUUUGUUGGUGAAACAGAAGUGGUCUAAAAAAAGGAGAGAAGAGAUUAUUCAGUAAAAACAUUAACUAUUUGCAAUUGUUUUUGUCUUUCUCUAGAAGUAAAAUAUCAUUUUCAUUAUUUUGAGAAUUAUCAUAUUGUCAGGAAGACAUUUCCAGAGUUUUUCUAGGCUUUGAAUUCCCUCCAAUAAAGAAACAGCUAACUUUUCAGAAGGAGAAUAGAGGACAUUGUGAAAACUAAGAGUUGUAACUUCUAUCUUACAAAAAAGGAAGAAGCUCUGGCUGUUGAAAGGAGAUACGCAAAUGAGUUUGGCAAAGAAGAAGCUAAGCCAUUUCUGUCAUAACCUAUUCUACGCUCUACGUUUUAAUCAAAACUCUCUAAACAGCAAAUGGUUGAAUAAAAUAAAUCCAUCAUUGAUUAACACACUAAAUUAGAUGAACAAUUUGGGGAGAAAUAAGAGGAAUUUAACAUGCUCAAAUUGGCUGGAGACAAUUUCUAAAAGUGUCUUUUGAUAAGAGUUGAAAAGUAAUUUGAAUAGUUUUAACCUGCCAAACCUAAAGCCAAGACACCGUAUUUUAGUAAAUAAAACAGCAGUGUCAAAGAUCUCUUGCAGUCAGUUCGUCUUAAAUAGUUCCCUUCCUUUGCAACAAAUAGAGAUUAGUUUUCUAUUAGGCAAUCAUAUGAAGAAGAUUCUUAAUAAUUACCUUAAAUAAAAGUAGCUAAAUAACAUAUAAGAGUUGUGAAUCCGAAUAUUUCAUCUAAAGUAGAUAUCAUAAAGUCAAAUUAUUAAUCAUUUAUGAAAUCUAAAUCAAUGAGUUCUAGAUUAGACAGAUUGUCAGAAAAUCAAGUGCAAGGAUUUAUGUUGACAGAUUCUAUUAAUACAUACCAUCCCUUACAUAGUAUAUAAAGCAAAGAUGACUAAAAUAAACAUAAAAAACGAGUUAAGACACAAUCUAAAGUAGAAGCUGAUUAUUACAAAUCAAUAUUAUGA